CAUAGUAGACCCGCCUGCUCCCUUCACAUCCUGUUAUUCAGAAGGCUAUAUCCGUUUUGAAUGUGAAUGUCUUUUGUCCUGGGGUGAGAGGGUGACGUAUGUGGCCUCUGGCAGGCUGCUGCUGUGUCCUGGGUCUGUCUGUAGCUGGGGCAGAACUGGGCCUGGCUACUCCUGAGUGCCCAGGCCCCCCUAGGAGGUGACACGCUGAGAUGGCGGACUGCUACACAGAGCUGGAGAAAGCAGUUGUGGUACUGGUGGAAAACUUCUACAAAUAUGUGUCUAAGCACAGCCUGGUCAAGAACAAGAUCAGCAAGAGCAGCUUCCGAAAGAUGCUCCAGAAAGAGCUGAACCACAUGCUGACGGACACGGGGAACCGCAAGGCUGCAGACAAGCUCAUCCAGAGCCUAGAUGCCAACCACGAUGGCCGCAUCAGCUUUGAUGAGUACUGGGCCCUGAUAGGCGGCAUCACCAGCCCCAUCGCCAACCUUGUCCGCCAGCAGGAGCAGCAGAGCACCAGCUAGAGUCCUCCCGGCAUGCGCCCAGGGUCUCCCCAGGCCCUUCCUCCUUCCCCAGACCCAGUCCUGACCCUUGCUGAACAGGGACCUCUCAGCAUGGGGGUACUAAGACCCUGAGGGUCUUAGUUAGCAAGCCCUAGGGUCCCUUCUGUAAGAUGUCAAAGCUGUUUGGGGACCCCAAGAGUUUCCUCAUCUGUUCAGUCCAUCUAACCUUUCGACAUCUGAUGUUUCUGCCUGACCCCUGGAAGUCAGCUGAAUACUUGAAGUCCCCCAGCUCUUGGUGGUGACAGCAGUAGCAGAGCCCUCUCCCCUUCCCCUUAGCCCUCUGUUGGGUAGGGAAGCACUUCCAGGGACACCCCUCUAGCUGUCUCUGAGUCCGGGAGUAAGUUAGGCAGGGCUGAGCCUCCUCCCUCUGCUCAGCCACUGACGUAAUGGUAAUAAAGCCUGAUUCAUAGUUUGUAUCCCCCUCACCGGGUCCCAUUGUGAUGUUCAUUAAAACUUGACCGCUUCUUGGA